AUGGGAAUUUGCGGUAGCUCCACCAUAAGAUCACAGCCUAGUGAUAAAUUAAUUGAAGAGAACAAAGGAAAGAAUGGAAACUAAAGCUCAUAAUCUAAAACAGUUAGAUUGUUUGACUACAAUCAAAAUAAGAUAGUUUAAGUGCCUGUGUUAAAACCAGCUACUUAGAAUACUUUAUAUUUUAAGAGAUAAGCGCAAAGUCCGAAUAAAAAUCAAGAUACUGUGCAAUAACUCACACAACCUUGA